AUGCGGCUAGCACUGCCAAUCUUCCCCUUCGUCGGCGGCACCUACAGCGUCGUCACCCACUUCGAGCAAGUCUGCUCGCAAGUUGACCUCCGCGACGGCGUCGGCAUCUUCAUGCGAAAUCUGAGCGGCGACAUCGGAUUCCCAAAGCUCAUCUCGGCCGAAUUCAACGAGCUCAAGUACUGCAUUGGCAAGACCCGCGGACCAGGCGACAUUUUUAUUCGCGGGAAGUUCUACAAGGGCAUUAAUGCGAAAAGAGAAAAAGAUCAAAAAAAAAAGAAGGCUGGCAUCAUCGACGCUUCUGCCACCACAAGCCCACGUCGCCCAGAUCUUUCACCAAUCUUUUGCGAUGUUUCGAUCUUGUACGUGCACGUGGUCACUUCGUCGCACAAGCAACCCGUCGCCAAGCUCGGACCUUAUUUCGACUCACCGCGAAACUUUGGCUUCCUCUCCCAACCUCACCCACUAGUACGAUCUCACGACAACCCCGACCUCUUCGGCAAUCCAAUAACAGUCAACAUGCUCUCUUUGCCACUCCUCAUCCUCCACGUCUCCCCCUCCGCCCUUAUAGCUGCCCUUCCCUCCCUCGCCGACACCCGGCUCCCAACCGCUAACAUCACGAAUCCCUCCGCAGCCUUCACUCACGGCACCUGCAACCUCCUAAUUCGCCUCACGCAAGUCUGCGGCUGGCCAGAAGUCGACACCUACGUCCGCCUCGACAUCACGGACGCAGCGAACGGCCCCAUCAUGAAGCUUUCUCUCAUCCUAAACGCAUGUGCAUGUCAUAUACAUGAUUCUUCUCAGCAAUCACCUCAGAGCACUAUCACCAACUUGCUAGCUCUCAAGAAAGAGUUGAAAAGCUUCUAUAAUCAAAGACGCCUUUUCAAAAAAAAAAAACCAUUUGCAGAUAUACGCCUGGGAUUCUACUACGGUCGCGAUAUGGCGUCUCCAUCGUGGUUUGCCAGCAGGCCUUCCAUUUCCUCAUGUAUUACUUGA